AUGCUCGCUGCUGCGUUCAGCAUUAAGGAGUCAAUGUACAACGUUACAGAGCAAGACGUCGAACGUGCUGCACAGGCCACGUUGAACAACAUAUUGCAACAUCCCAGGUUAACUACACGACCGGAGAUCGUUCCUCCCAGCUUGAAUCACCCUCAGUUUCAGUCUCUUCACACGGGAGCCUCCCGAGCCGCCGCUCCGUCUAAUCACCCUCCUCCUGCGGACGCGUCUCCUUUCGCGAACGCUCCUUCGCGACCGUCGCACGACCAGGAGCCGUUGGAACGCGGGCGGGAUGAGCGGAGCCGGCGAGAGUUUGACACCGCCGACCGUUUUGUUGAUGAUGACCGCGCGCCAGUGCCGCGUGCAGAGCAGGAGAGGCUGGAGCAGCGACGCGAGCACUUGCACGGGAGGCAGCAGCAGCUCCAGCGGGAGCAGCAGAGGGAGCAGCAGCGGAAGCAGCAAGGGGAGCAGGCUUCUGGAAGGCGGGUGUCGGAAAAUGGACCGGAAUUUUCGGGAGAUGGAGGGCAGGCUCGCAGGGAGGAGACUGAAGGACUGAGGGAGAGGGGGAGAGAGAGGGGGUGGGAGCGAGAGAGGAAGAGGGAAAGCCAAAGGGAGCGGGAGAGAGGAAGUGAGGAGGAAGAUGACGAGGAUAGGGAGAGGGAUUGGCAGCGAGAGAGGGGUGGAGAUAGGUCAAGAGAGGUGGAAGGGCGGCGGCAGCAGCAGCGGGAAGGGGGAGGGGGGAGCCAGAGGGACGGAGGGGGGGGGAUGAGCAGGGGAGGUGUGAGCGAUAGCGUGGGGAACGGGAAGGGUUUGAGUAUGGACGAGGGGGAGGGGAGGAAUGGGAGCCUUAGGAGUGGAAAUGCGAAGGAGCGGAUGCAGGAGCAGCGGCAGCAGGAGGAGCAGCAGGAGGGUGGGGGCAAGAGGGCGAGGAAAGGGAAGGACUCUUCGCCUGAGCCGGAUGAGGAUUCAGGCAAUCAGGAGGGCAACAGCAGCGACGGCCAGCCACGCACUCUCAAGCGCCCCAGGCUCGUCUGGACCCCACAGCUGCACAAGCGAUUUGUGGACGCUGUGUCGCAUCUGGGCAUCAAGAACGCCGUGCCAAAGACUAUUAUGCAGCUCAUGAACGUGGAGGGGUUGACAAGGGAGAAUGUGGCAUCACAUUUGCAGAAGUAUCGGCUCUACCUUAAGCGGAUGCAGGGUCAUUCCGGGGACGACCCGUCAGGGGGCGAUCCCCUCUUUUCCUCCACGCCUCUCCCCACCAGCCUCAACAGCCCGCCCCAGCCUUUCUUCCCCCCAUCCGCCCCGCCUCCUCCCUCCGCUCCUCCCCCUCUCAACCCUCUCGCUGCCGCCGCUGCCGCCGCCGCAGCAGCAGGGGGAAACCCUAUGGGGAACCUCAGGGGAGCUCUAUCCGCGUUAGGAGCAGCAGGGCUGUCUUCCCUCCCCCCUUCACUCCAUCCAGACGACCCUCUCCUCUCCUCCCCUCAUUUCUCCGCGGCGGCUGCUGCUGCUGCCGCCGCCGCCGCUGCUGCUGCAGCCGGAGGGGGGUCCAACCCACUGCUCUCUUCCCAGCUAGCUGCGUCUCUUUCGAAUUCCCAGCAGCAGCAGCAGCAACAGCAGCAGCAGCAGGCAGCAGCAGCGCAAUACCUUGCGGCGGCUCAUAACCCGGUGGGGAAUCCGCUUGGUGCCGCUGCUGCGGCUGCGGCUGCUGCAGCAGACCCGAUUCUGGGGCGAGCGCUGAGUGCUUAUGCGGCAGCUGCUGCGUUUUACGACCUUCAGAAUAGUCACGGGCAGAAUAAUCUCGGGCAGAAUAAUCAUGGGCAGAAUAGUCUCGGGCAGAACAGUCAUGGUGGGGCAGGUUUGGGGGGAGGCGCUGGUGGGGGGAUGCAUGGGGGGGGAGGGCUUGGGGGGAUGCAUGGGGGGGGAAUAGGUGGGGGGCAUGUGGGGGGGAUCGGGGGAGGGUCGAACCAGCCACCAGGAGCGGCGGCGGCAGCGGCGGCGGCGGCAGCGGCAGCGGCAGCAGCAGCAGCCGCACAGCAACAAAGCAAGAAGGGCACCGUCACCGGCUCGACAGGUGCUGAGCCUCUUUCCAGAGCAGCAGUGAGGGAGGAAUGGUUGACUAUUGUUGCUACUCGGGAAGGAAGGGCGAAGGGGGGGGGAAGGAAGGAGGGGCAGCAGGAGAAGGUCAGCACUGUCGCCGGCACGGCAGGUGCUGAGCCUCUUUCCAGAGCAGCAGUGAGGGAGGAGGGGUGGAGGUCGUUUCUUUUUCAGAGCAGCAGUGUGAAAGAAGAGUGCUGGGUAUUUUUCUUCAUGGAGCAGCAGUGA